AUUCAUCACAAAAGGUAUAUUCGUACAUGUCACAUACAUUUAGCCUGAAGAUCUUUGUUAAGUUCUUCAAAUGCGCCAUUAACACGCCCUUCUUUUCCCCACCAUCAACCCCCUGAUACCCUUUGUAUAGAAAUCCGUAUUAAGGUUUCCUGUUCAAAGGGUUUCAUAUUCUGAUCAAGAAAAGCACCUCCAUCGCUUUUGUAUAUAUACAUUUGUAUAGGAUCGGCAUACGUACAUUUCAUGUAUCCUUGGAAGUUCUAAAAGGGGGUUUCCUGAUUCCAGAAAAUGGGAGCCUUGAGAAUUUCCCUUUUCUCGAUCCUGUUUUCCUUAGCAUUAGCAAAUGAAAAUCUUGACGCACAUACUUUUCCAAGGCCUUUGGUAAUUGAAUACCCAGGAAUUAUCGAUGAAGAUGUUCAGACAAAGUGUACAAGUUGGAGGGUUGCAGGGGAGGCUAAUAAUCUGAGGCCAUGGAAGACCAUUCCAGAAGAAUGUGGUGCGUAUGUGAAGGAGUAUAUGACAGGAAAAGGAUAUGAAAGUGAUCUUCUAUUAAUCUCUGAGGAAGCUGGAGAUUAUGCCAGAAGCGUGGAAUUGGGAGGGGAUGGAAAGGAUGUUUGGGUGUUUGAUGUGGAUGAAACUCUCAUUUCAAACCUCCCUUAUUACUCUCAGCAUGGUUUUGGGAUGGAGGUAUUUGAUGGGGUGGAGUUUGAUAAAUGGGUUGAGAAGGGAAAAGGAGGAGCAAUAAAGUCAAGCUUGAAGCUUUAUCAAGAAAUUAAAGGGUUAGGGUUCAAAGCUUUCUUGCUGACAGGAAGGAGUGAAAGGCAUAGACAAGUUACAGUAGAUAAUUUGGCAAAAGCUGGUUUCCGAGAUUGGGAUAAGCUCAUUCUUAGGUCACCGGAGGAUCAUGAAAAAUCAGCGCUGCUCUAUAAAUCCGAGAAACGGAAUCAGAUGGUAGAAGAAGGUUUCAGGAUUGUUGGUAACUCCGGCGACCAAUGGAGUGAUCUCAUUGGUUCAUCCAUUUCUCUACGCUCAUUUAAGCUUCCAAAUCCCAUGUACUACAUUGCCUAAAUACUUGUAUAAUUUAAUGCUAAUUAACUAAUUUAACUCGUGUCAACAUUAUUAGCCAUGUAUAGUGUUUGGUGCACCAAGAAUGUCAAAGUUUAUCUGGUUUUCUUGGACUUUGAAUAAGGUUGUCAUUCCAGAUAAGUGAAAUAGGUUUCGGUGCUCAGAACCAAAUAAGGGAUUGAUAAGUAAUUCAGAAAAUAAAAUAAUUUU